AGAGAGCAUCUGUGGUUCUCCAUGGAACUGCUGCAGCUCCCUUCCAUCCCCAUCUUGGUGUUCUCCUUCCUCUUCUUGCUCCUCUUGAUCAAGAAGAGAGGAUUCAGCGGUUGCAGAAAUGAGAGCUACCCACCACGUCGUCCCCCAGGCCCAUGGAAUCUACCCUUCGUCGGAUGCAUGCACCACCUGGUCGGGCAGCUCCCCUUUCGCGCAUUCCGCGAGCUCGCCCGCAAGCAUGGCUCCCUUAUGCUCCUCCGGCUUGGCCAGGUCGACGUCGUCGUCGCCUCCUCGAGCGAAGCCGCCGAGGAGAUCUUGAAGAACCAGAGCGUCACCUUCGCUUCCCGGCCCGAGUUCCUCGCUACCAAGUUCAUCUUCUACGGCCCAACCGGCAUCGGCUGGUCCCCCUACGGCCCUUACUGGAGGCAGCUGCGAAAGCUCUGCUUCAUGGAGCUUCUCUCCGCCCGGCGCAUCCGGUCUUUCUCCUCCAUCAGGACGGAGGAGACCCUUGACCUGAUGAGAGACAUCGCGAGGUCGGGCGGAACCCCCGUCAACAUGACCGAGAAGCUCUUCGGGCUGACCAACGCCGUCGUCUGCCGGGCGGCGUUCGGCAAGCUGCGCGAGCACCGGGAGAGGUUCGUCCCGCUCAUCAAGAAUGCUAUGGUGCUCGCCGGUGGCUUCUGCGUGGCCGACAUGUUCCCGUCGCUCAAGCUCAUCGACAUCCUCUCGGGUGCCGAGUUCAGAUUGCGGCGGGUCCGGCGGCAGCUAGACGAGGUCCUGGGCUACAUAAUCAAGGAACAUGAGGGCAAGGCUUCCGUGAGCAGCGGCGACAAAGCUGACGAGGUAGACGACCUGGUGGACGUGCUGCUGAGGCUCAAAGACGACCCCAAACUGGAAGUGCCCUUGACGAUGGAAGACGUCAAGGGUGUGAUCGUGGACAUGUUCAUGGGGGGCACCGAGACGUCUUCGACCGUCGUCGAAUGGGCCAUGUCGGAGCUGAUGAGAAACCCGGAGAUCAUGGAGAGAGCGCAGAAGGAAGUGAGGGAAUUAGCUGCGCAACGGAGGAACAGAGUAGAGGAGAGCGACAUCUCCGAGCUAAACUACAUUAAGCUAAUCAUCAAGGAGACGCUGCGGCUUCACCCGCCGGCCCCGCUGUUACCGAGACUGUGCAGGGAGACCUGCGAGGUCAUGGGGUACAGGAUCGACGCCGGCACUCGCGUCUUCGUCAACUUAUGGGCGAACGGCAGGGAUGCGCGUUACUGGGACGACGCCGAGACAUUCAAACCAGAGAGGUUCGAAGGCAGCGCCAUGGAUUUCAAGGGAGUCGACUUCGAGUACUUGCCGUUCGGGGCCGGGCGGAGGAUAUGCCCCGGAAUGGGUUUCGGGAUGGCGACCGUGGAGCUCGCCCUGACUCACCUCCUCCUGCACUUCGACUGGGAGCUGCCCCAUGGAAUGAGACCGGAGGAGCUCGACAUGUGCGAGACCAUGGCGUUAAUCGCACCGAGGAAGACUGAGCUGAAGCUGAUCGCUACCGUUCGAGUUCCUCUCCCCGUCGCUACCUGAAGCUUUCUUACAUCGCUUUCUUGUCGGUGCACUCAGUCUAUACAAUCAAGCAGUCGGAAAAUUUGAGUUGAAAAAUGAUAUCAAUGUCAUUAUCUGCCUUGUCAAAUCGUACUACGAUUGUCAAUGCAUAUGGUAGAAAUCAUGAA